AUAUUCGCAUACUAACCCACUCGGAUAUUCUCUCCACCCCCCUCACACAUUAUAUCACCCCCUCCCUCACUCUUUCUCCACCCUAUACAUUUUCACACCAAUUUUCCCCUCACUUUCUCUCACCCACUUCCCUGUCCAAAAGAUUCUAAGUAUAACAAUUAACAUAAUAACGAGCGAUGAAGUUUGGAAAGAGUCUGAGCAACCAGAUCGAGGAGACACUACCCGAAUGGAGGGACAAGUUCUUGUCGUACAAGGACCUCAAGAAGCGCCUCAAGCUGAUCGAGCCGAAAGCCGCUGGCGGCGCCGUGGAGAUUCGGGCCCCCAAGCGGCCCCGGCUCGAUUGUAUCGAAGGCGGCAGAGAGGCGGCGGCGGGGGAGAUGACCUUGGAGGAGAGUGAUUUCAUGGAGCUGUUGGAGGCGGAGCUCGAGAAGUUCAACUGGUUCUUUGUCGAGAAGGAGGAGGAGUAUAUUAUCAGAUUAAAGGAUCUGCGCGAUAGAGUUGCAAAGGCGAAAGAUUGGAGCGAAGAGAUGAUAAAGAUACGGAAGGAGAUUGUGGACUUCCAUGGAGAGAUGGUUUUGUUGGAGAAUUAUAGUGCACUUAACUACACCGGAUUGGUGAAGAUACUCAAAAAGUACGACAAAAGAACCGGCGCCCUCCUCCGCUCGCCUUUCAUUCAAAAUGUCCUCCAACAGCCCUUUUUCACCACCGAUCUGCUUUACAAACUCGUGAAAGAGUGCGAGACACUCCUCGACCGCCUCUUCCCCAUAAACGAAACCCCAACUUCAACCGGCACAGCAACCAUUCACGGGGAUGAAACAUCAACUUCCGGCGCUGCCAAGAACGACGGCUCUAUCCUUGGUGGAGGUCCAAAGGGACUGGCAGAGAUAGAGUACAUGGAGAGCUUGUAUAUGAAGAGCACCAUCACGGCGUUGAAGGGUUUGAAAGAGAUUCGGGGCAAAAGUUCGACGGUGAGCGUGUUUUCAUUGCCGCCGCUGCAGAUUAGCGGGUUGGAGGAUUCGUGGAAUAAGAUUCCUGUUCUUGAACAAGCAGCCAAAUAACAGUCAGAUUUUGUGGAGGGAAAUUAGAAAUUAAAUACAUAGAUUAUGUAUGUAUCUUUGAUAUAUUUCUGUUGCUGUUUUUUGUUAUUUCGACUCGUGCCUUUAUCGAGCAUGUAUAAUGCAUAAUAUUUCGUCCAAAUAACAAUAAUUAUAAAAGCAUAAAUUCGAUGUGA